ACCAUGGAUGAUGAUUUCAGUGCUCCCUCAGUGCCUUCAUCACUCACAGAGAGCUUAGAGAUGGCUAUGGAAGUGGAGAGGCAGUGCUUCAGACAUCUCAGUUUUUCCUGUGCAUCCGACCUUAGAAAUGGAGGGAAAAGCAUUUCUGCUGAUUCUUAUUUAGCAAGUGGAUCUCUUAAGAGGAUUUUGCUGGGGUUAGAUCCCUUUCCAACUGACUAUGAAGAGGACACUGUGGAAUUAUUUGGUUUUCAGUGGGUUACUGAAAUUGCAUUAGUUGAGUCCUGUACAUUUCUCUUUGGAUUAUUUAGGCAACAAAUAUACAAACUGGAAAACCUUGUCCAGUCAAGUUCCUCUGACUUUGGUCAGGCUGCAAGUCUUCACUGGGAGGCCCAAAAUGUCAGGCAGCAGUGUAUUGAAUUCCUGCAGUAUGUGAAAGUUUUCAUCUUCAGGUAUCUGGAGCCACAUGAAAGAGAAGAUGAUGAGUUGUUCCAUCCAUAUGAGAAACAAGAAGCACAACUCCCUUCUUUGCUUGUUGAGGAACUUCAUUCUUUGACAUUGCAUGUUGGACACCUGUGUGAACUCCCUAGUUGUAUUCUAGGAGGAUUUACUAUUCUGCCUCAAGCAAAGCUUUAUCCCCCAUCAUGGCAUUUGCUGCAUCUUCACUUAGACAUCCGCUGGUCAGUGCUGGAAAUACUUCAUCUUCUUGGUGAAAAGAUGCCAAGGCAAACUGUAUAUGCUCACAAGUUCACAAAUUUAACAGGUGAAAAUUUAACCAAUAUCAGUUUGUUUGAAGAACAUUGUGGAAAUGUCUUAUGUGAUCUGAUAAGUUUGUCAGCCAACAGAUAUGCAAAGGUAAGGCUCUCUGAAGCUCUAGCUAGUCAAUACUACCCUUGCAUCUGUGUAAAAGAACUGUGGAUUCUGCUUAUUCAUCUGCUUGACCACAGAAAUAAAGGAUCCCUUACAGAGUCUUUUUGGAGCUGGUUGAAUAAAAUUCUGAAGAAUUUAUUUGAAAAAAGCAAUGGUUUGGAAGCAACAUCUGCCUUUGAACUGACUCCAUGCAAUGAUCCAUUAAGUUUUAGUUGGUGGAUUAUAACUCACCUGUCAUCACUUUAUCACACUGACCGCAAUGGACAUGUAGAUGAAAAGAAACCAGUAGAAUCCAACUGGCCCUGUGUGGAAGAUCUGUUGAAGAGAUCUGUCAAUAGUCAAACUGGAAUAUUAGAAGAACAGUUACGAAUGCAUCUUCAGUGCUGUUUGACAUUAAGCCGUAUAUGGGAUGUGAACCUCUCUACUGUCACCAUAUUGUGGGAAUAUUACAGCAAGAAUCUGAACAGUCCCUUUACUAUUCCUUGGUUUGGCCUUAAAGAUCUUGCCAGUAUUAGUAAAACGCCUUUAUCUCUGUUUGAGCUGGUAAAGAAAGUUUGCAGUGACAUGCAUAAUCCUGAUAUGUAUACAUCCAGCAAUAGUUACCAUAUUUUUCUUCGUAUUUUGGCCCAAAUACUGAAGAAGGCAGUGAAGGCCAAUGGUAUUCAUUCUUGGAAGCAAAUCAAAGGAAGAAUUUAUUCCAAAUUUCACCAGAAAAGGAUGCGAGAGCUGACAGAAGUGGGGCUGCAAAAUUGUUUAUAUCUUUUCCUCGUACUGGCAGAUAUAGCAGAAACAGAGGAUGUUACUAGCCGCAUGAUGGAACUUUUGCAUUUCCUCAGUCCUAUUUCCACCAGCAUUUCUCAGAGAGCUCUGAUAUGGAAAGGCUACUUUGCUUUUAUUCUCAUCUAUGUUGAGAAGAGCAUGGAUAUUGGUGUGUUAGCUGAGCAACUUUCAAACGCCUUCCAUGAAAAGGCAAAGGAAUUUCUGGUGGCAAGAAAUGACCUCUUGCAGAAACAAAACCUCUGGAUUUUACUUUCUACUUACAUUGACGGUGUCCAAGAAGUUUUUGAGACCAGCUGCUACUUGAACCUUUCUGAAGAAAAGCUACUGAGUGAUGGCUUUAGUAUGUUGCUUCCAGGUUGUCGGGGAGCUGAACUUACAGCAGUGUUAAACUUCUUGCAGGAUGUUCUGUUCAGACUGAGGACUGUGCACAAACACUUAAACCAGAGAUUGCCACUGGGGAAUACAGGUCCAAAUGCACAGCCUCUGUCAGUGGCGAAAGAGCACCACCUUGCUGUUGCCAGAGCUCUUUGGAAAAAUUUCUUUCCGUACUUGAAAAGCCAAAGAAUGUUGCAGACUCCUCCACAGCUUGCAGAUGCAGCGGCAGGUUUCACUUUAUUGGCUUUGGAUUUGCCUAGCACAUGUACAUUGGAUCUUCAGCCUCAGCCAGCCUUAUCGAUGAUGCAGUUGUUUGGAUGGGAUGAUAUGGUUUGUCCCCAGUUGGUUUCAAGAUAUCUAAGUCACCUAAUAGAAAACAGCGUCCUGUCUGAAACUCUUACUGGAAUGGGCCAUACAUCUUACCAAGCCUUGUUGGUACAGUCUUGGUUUCGAUGCAUUUUGCAAAUGUUUAUCUAUCAGCCUGCUGAUACCUUAGAUAAGAUUUAUAUGGAACAGCUAACUGAAUUCACAAGACUGAUAGUUAAUCUACCAGAAGUAGGAGCUAUGUUCUCAAAGAGUCAUGUUGAGCUGGUCUACAAGCAAGAUCCUAAGGACACUCUUGUUCAAUUCAUUAAGGCUGUUGGAAAAAACUAUAGUGGACUUCAGACAUUGCCUGAAAAAUCAGCCAUGGUAACUAAGGCACUAGAAUACCUUGGUGAUAUACUAAAAUAUGUAAAACCCUACUUGACGAAGAAAGGUCCUGCAGAAGGACUGCAUCUCACCUAUAGGAUUAUAGGAUGCCUUGUGAAGUCUUGGGCACCCAUUCUGGCUACUUCCAAAGCACAGCCACUCCUGUUCCGCAUUGUCGAUUGCUUGCUUUUGCCACAUGCUGUGCUCCAGCAAGACAAAAGGCUGCCUGCAGCAAUGCUUUCUGCCAUUCAGGAUAAUCUUCCUCUUUUUCUUCAGGGCUUGUCCUUUAUUUGUUGCCAGGCCCAGACUCAAGGUGCCUAUUUGAACCAGUUGCUAAGGAAUGUUAUUCGGCAGUACUUUGGGCGCUUUCUUCCUUCAGCAUCUUUGAAUUCUCAAGUUGGACAGCAUCCUGUUUUGCUGGCUUUAUGCAGUUCCACCAGCAGCCCAGGAGCCUCACAUCUGCGUAAGGCCACCAUGCAAGUCAUCAGUGAGAAUUACCUACAGUUCAAAAGUCAUGCCCCUCCUUGCCUGGCAUCAAUUCUAGCUUUUAUUUUAGAACUGUUUCAGAGAACCAGGUCCAGUGAAAUAUCUGAUGUUGAGACACUUCUUCCUUCUGUGCUGAAAUGCCUUUUGCUGGUUAAUGAGCUGCAAGUUAAAAAGCUGUCCACAGAGGUUCUGCAGUGCAUUGUAAAAGGCUGUCAAGUGGAGUCAGGAGGAAAGCUUCCCACCCAGAUGAUUUCUGUGUUUAGGCAGUUCAUCCAGGAUUACACUACUGUGUAUGAUAAUCAAGUUUACAGCAUCUUGGAAGCUGUGGCUGCCUUGGACCAGUCUCUAGUUAUCAGCCUGAUUCCUGCUAUGACAGAGGCCCUGAGGAAUUCUGAGUACGAACAAGGUCUUGGCAGAAAUGCUGUGCAAAGAGAAGCCUAUAAACGACUCUUAUCUCAGCUCACAGAGGCUGGACAAAUGGAGAUACAGAAGCUGGAAAAUGAGACCCAUUAGUAGCAUGUUGAUUGGUAUUUUCUGCAGUCAUUUCAUGGAAUGCCAGUCCUUUAUGCAGAGUGCAGAUUCCGGAGCUACGGGUUCAUGUGUUUUCUGCUUAGCUUUAAAAUGUAUAAGCUACCCUUCAACAGCUUUAGAUCCAAUGUUUCAAUACUGCAAGCAAUACAGGAAAAGUUCUGCAGAUGUUCUUUCAAAUGACAACU